AUGUCAACUACCGAUUGGACAGUGCUAGAGAAACUAUUGCUUUCUCAAGCAGUAUAUAAAUAUGGAGAAGAUAACUGGUUUCAAAUAGCCCGAAAUCUUAAGCACCAUGCUUUACUGGAUCGUCCUUCUGAUUAUUUCAACCAAAAAAACUGUUCUUUACAAUAUUACUUGAUGGUAGAGGAUCUAGAUGAAGAAAAAAAACAACAGUCUGUAUCCAACCAAGAUAUGCCUAUUGUAGUUCAAAUUGCUCGACAGUUAUACGCAUUACGAUUAGAAGAAUUGAAGAUAGCACUAGCAGAAGAUGAACAGAAAUUUAUGACAUUGGUUGCUGAGAUUGAUGAUAUUCGUGCUGGUAAAUGGGAUGAUCAACUGAUGGCUCAUGAAUCACCCUCUCUCUUGUCUGAACCCGAGGAAUUAAUCCAACAGGGUGAAACAGAACGUAUAGAGGAAGAAGCAGCCAAAGUAGAAGCUGAAAAUCAAGCAAAUGAAGCACGUCUACUUCGACCAGAACAAGAAGAACAAGAAGAACCAGAGAGAAUCAGUCGAAAACGAUCUUUAGAUGAAGAUGAAAGUCUGAUUGAAUCUAAGCGACAAAAGACAACUGAAUCGCCACUUCAUAUUGAUGUUCCUCAACAUGAUGAAUCAACAGAUGUGAGUCAAGGCACAACACCUGCUGAUACCACAGAUGUCAACACAAGAGAAGGCACAGAGAGUGUGGCAGAAAGUGAGAGUAAUGCACCUACACCUACAAGAAAAGCAGCACUCAACAAAGACGAUCAAAGGCAUAAAUCAUGGCAAAAGAAUAUCAAUUUACUAUGGAGAGAGAUUGCAAACCAUAAGAAUGGAACAAUGUUUAUGAACCCAAUUAAAGAGACAAUCGCACCCCGUUAUUAUGCUAUUGUCAAGAGACCCAUGGAUCUCAAGACAAUAAAGAACAAGAUUCGAGAUGGAUUGAUCAGCACAACAGAAGAAUUCGAAAGAGAUGUGAUGUUAAUGAUCAACAAUUCACUGAUGUAUAACAAAGAAGGCACAGAAGUAUAUCAAAUGGCAAGGGAAAUGUUGGAAGAUACAGUCCAACAAAUCAAGACAUUUAAAGCAGCAGAUACAGAUACAUUCACAAGUUCACAUACAAGAGCAGCCAAAGACAGAAGGAAGAGUAUAGUACCUAUUGAAUAA